AUGCCUCAAAUGGUCGUCUCGCGCGCUUCGCGCACCGGAAACCCCUCUGUUCACGGGCCUUCCACAAUACCAAACGCCUUUAGCGGUGAAGUGUUCAUUGACCCCGUCCUCGCGGCUGAAGGGAUCUCAGUCGCCAACGUCAACUUUGCACCAUGUGCCCGCACAUAUUGGCAUACGCAUGAAAAGGGCCAGUUACUCAGAGUUCUUGCUGGGUCGGGAUGGGUCUGCGAUAAGGACGGACAGCCGGUCAAGAUCAACGUAGGAGACGUGGUGUGGUGUCCGCCCGGAACCACACACUGGCACGGGGCGGACGACCAGAGUUACAUGGUACACCAAGCAACUUCAUUCGGGGCUGUGCAAUGGCACCAGGCAGUUCAAGAUGAGGAGUAUCGGAAAAAGCAUACUUGA